UGGGCAGGGCUGUUGGGAGGAAACAGAGUGUAGUGACCAGCGUUCACAGAGAAGGGAACACGGUGACAUUCCAGGAUUACAUCAACUUUUUAAGGGGUCUCCAAAGACUUAGAAUAAACAAGCGCGUAGAACCUAGGAGCCCGAGAGCACAGCUGUACAGAAAGGAAACCAAGUCUUUCCCAGGAUUGGCCCGAGACCUAGAGGCUCGCGGGACUUAGCGACCAUGGCGUGUGUGCCCUGCUUGUUGCUGCUGUCACUGCUGCGCGCCUCUGCCGCCUCGCCGCUGCCGGAGGAGCCCUGCGAGCUGGACGACGAAGUCGAAGCCAUCCGGUGCACCUGUAACUUCUCGGAUCCCAAGCCCGACUGGUCCAGCGCCCUCCAGUGCCUGAGCGCGGUCCAGGUGGAGCUCCACGGCGGCGGCCGCAGCCUGGAAGAGUUCCUAAAGCGUGUGGACCUUGACGCCAAGCCGCAGCAGUACGUGGACGUGGUCAAGUCUCUGCCCUGGCAGCGGCUCACGGUGGCCGCGGCGCGGGUGCCCGCCCCGCUCCUGGCCAGCGCCCUGCAGAUGCUGGGCUAUUCCCGCCUCAGGGAACUGACGCUCCAGGACCUGGAGGUGACCGGCACCACGCCGACACCACUUCUGGAAGCCUCGGGCCCUGAUCUCCACUCUCUGCACCUCCGCAAUGUGACGUGGGCGGCCAGGGGCGCCUGGCUCGCCGAACUGCAACCAUGGCUCAAGCCUGGCCUCCAGGUCCUGACUAUUAUCCAAGCUCGCUCACUUGCCUUUUCCUGCGAACAGGUCCGCCCCUUCCCGGCCCUCACCACCCUAGACCUGUCUGACAAUCCCGGACUGGGCGAGAGCGGGCUGAACUUGGCUCUCUGUCCCCACAAGUUCCCCGCCCUCCAAGUCUUAGCGCUGCGCAACGCGGGCCUGGAGACGCUCCUCGGCGUGUGCGCCGCGCUGGCGACCGCGGGGGUGCGGCCGCGCCAGCUAGACCUCAGCCACAACUCGCUGCGCGCCGAGCCCGGCGCCCCCAAGUGUGUUUGGCCCAGCGAACUGCUUUCCCUCAACCUGUCAUUCGCUGGGCUGGAGGAGGUGCCUAAGGGGCUACCCGCCAAGCUCAGCGUGCUGGAUCUCAGCUGCAACCGGCUGAAUAGGGCACCUCGGUCAGACGAGCUGCCCAAGGUGAGUAACCUGUCGCUGGACGGAAAUCCCUUCCUGGACUCUGAACCCUCCAACCCCGAAGAGAACAUUGGGAACUCAGGCAUGGUACCCAUCUGUGCAAGUUCAUCCCUGGCAGUGGGAAUGUCAGGAACUGUAGCUCUACUGCAAGGGGCAAGAGGUUUUGCCUAAGGCCAGAGGGAGAAGAAUGAAUGGGCUACCAUUGCCUCAGCUUCUGCCAACAUGAUCAUCACUUCUUCACCAACCCUCCCUCUGCCUGACCUUUAAUAAUUUUUUUUUUUUUC